UGUAAUAAUUUUAUACCGAUGACUCGUUGGGGGAUGCACGUGCACGACGUGGCUAAUAAAAAAAGUAAUAACGGCGAUUACCGCGCAGGCAAUUAGCGGAACAUUGGCUAGCAUAAUAUUGUUUCUGCCUCCUUUUUCCUCGUCGUUUCCACUGAUUGUUUCACACCGACGCACAUUCUCCGUGUUCAUUACGCAGUGUUUCAGGGGAUUAUUUUUUCUCCAUAUACUCUCGCGUCCCAUUCAAUCAUUACUCGGUACUUGUACUUUUAGACAGCCAGAUUUUCUAGUUUCUAUAGUGUACCAAAUCUAUCAGAACCGUUUCUUCGUUAUAUAUAUUUAUAUAUAAUUUAUAUUCGUAAUGGCUGCGUUGGAUGAUUCCCGUGUGGUGAAAUUUAUCCUGCUGUUCAGUGUGCUGAGCAGCCUGAGCGUGUUGUGCCGCGGCCAGUGCCCGCAAGUGGCCUGCAUCCGCUGUAUCAAUCCCGGCGAACCCAAUCCGGCCGCUGCCAACGGCUGUCCGGGGUGUCCGCUGUGCCCGACCGGGGCGGGAGACCCGCGCGCCGGCACCGGCGCCUGCAUGUGCCCGGCGAUGGUGCAGCCGUGCGCCUCCGCCUUGCCUCCUCAGCUUAUUCUUAACAACGCCGUUGGCUUAUCACCCCUCUUGCCGACGUGUUGCCCGCGGCCGGUGUGCGGCUAACUGUACAGUGGAUGCGCUGCAGUGACCCUGAAUGAUUGCUCAACACGACCGUGACGGCGGCAUCGAUCGGGAUAGUUGCUGUAUCUGUAUAUGCGGCUACACGAGGCUGUGACGUAAUAACGCCCGCUCUUCACCGUUUCCAUAUGCGCUACGCCGGCAGGGCCAGGCGGGUCUCCCAGUUCACCAGCCGCUCUUCAUUCGGUGUACGCUUAUAUUCCGUGCACGAUCGGUUUUUAUAUUUAUAUACAAUUUAUCCUCUAAAUUAUCGACAUCACCGCAUCACUGCUGGUUUUCGUUCAUGUUACAUAAAAUGCUGAUGGAUCAUUUCUUUGGCAGUAUUAGCCGCUAGUCAGCUGGAAAAACUUGCUUGUCCGCACUGCUGCACAAAUAAAAAUCGCCUGA